GGAUUCUCGGUGCAGGGCUGUAAAUUCCUCCUGUCAAGGCAGCGGAGCCGCGGUGGCGGCAGCAGGAGCAGCAGGAGUCGCAUCAGCCGGGGCUUGGGAAGCUCUCUGGCCCCGUCUGGCAGCAGCCUGCUUCUAGACCAUGUGGGGCGGGCGGCAUUGGGGGCGGCCAGUGGGACUGCUUUCUCGCCUCCCCUUCGCCCCGAGGAGGGACCCGCUCUCUGGGCACGGGAUGCCCCCGCCUGCCGCCCCCGCUGCCCGAUGCCGCCCGAUGCUGCUGCUGCUGCUGCUCCUCCUGCUUUGAGCGCCACUGCAGAGGCCGGCCGGAUCCCUGCCCGACGAGGCUUUCCCAGAGGAAAAUGGGAUCAGUUAAUCCCAUGCGAUAAUUAUUGCAGGAACUCCAGUUCAUUGCUGCAGGAGCAGAGAAAAACGAACACAGGAUGGAUGGCUUAGUUGAACAGAAGAGUGCCAUGCUUAAGCACCAUAAGGAUGCUGACACCAAGAAGAGGAAUGGGUUGAUCAACACAAGGAACUUGAUGGCCGAAGGAAGGGAAGGAAUGGUAUCGGUGUACCCAACCCCCCAGUAUCAGAGUCGGCCGAUUGGGACUCUCUACUCCCCAAACUACUCCAGAAAUGACCCAGUGCAACAGCUCCUUGACCCCAGCACUUUGCCACAGACUGUGGAAUCUCGUUACCACCCAAACAUCAUUCUGUAUUCGGAAAGCAUGCUGCGGUCCUGGGGAGAAAGUAUGAAUGCGGAAUGCUGUGAAACAACCUUCAUUGAGGACAAGUCACCCACUAAAGGCAGUCUGGAUUAUCCUGAUGGCAAAUUUGUUACUCUGACUACAGAUGAGAUCAAGAUCCAUACCCUGUCUUAUGACGUGGACGAAGAUGAUGACUUCCAGGAACUAGAGAGUGAUUACUCAAGUGACACUGACAGUGAAGACCAUUUCCUUAUGAUGCCACCCAGGGACCAUCUUGGGCUCAGCGUCUUCUCCAUGCUCUGUUGUUUCUGGCCACUGGGAAUUGCUGCCUUCUAUUUGUCCCAUGAGACAAACAAAGCCAUCGCUAAAGGGGACUUCCACUACGCCAGCUCCAGUUCACGAAGAGCCCUCUUCUUGGCUGUGCUAUCCAUCACGAUUGGAACAGGCAUUUAUGUAGGGGUUGCUGUGGCACUUAUAGCCUACCUAUCCAAAAAUAACCACUUAUGAGACUGGAAGAGUUGGACUCCUACAGAAAGCUUCAAAAGAAUAUGACAUCUGAAAUAUCACUACUUUUGAUGGUGGACAGGGCUACUGCAAGAGGAUGCAGCCUGAAUUGUAAACAAGACUGUUCCAGGUCUUUUCAGCCCUUCCAAUUUAAUGUGAAUGUUGGCAAUACCAGUCACUGCAAGAAGCCAAGAAAUCUUAGUUCUUUCUCAAGAUCAAAAGGUCUCUUCCAAACUUGUUUCUUUGCAGAUUGCUACUGGUCUGAGCCAGGCAAAACCCAAGAAGAGCUCUGUUAACUUGAAUGCGGGCCCUUGCUGUCAAAAGACAAGAGAGUGAUGAAUACAAAGAAUAAACAUCUAACACCCACACCACCAAUUCCUCUCUUGGUGUUGGAUUAUUAAGAAGCAGAAACAGAUGGCUCGGCGCACAUGUCUAACUGUCUCAAAUAUGAAGUAACAGCACAGUGAAUGAAACAUCAGAGUAGCAGAAGGGCCUUAUGAGAGCAUCCAGCAGUGUCCAAACAAUUGGGAACUGUUUGAGGUGGAAGAUUUGGGGUGUCAUUAAGGGCAGCAGACCGAGAGAGAGAGAGGCAUUAAAGUCAUGCAACAAAGCUGCCAGGAAGGACAUCUGCGUAAGCUGCACUAAAGCUAACAAAAGUUGCAAAGAUGUACAGUAAUGUUUUUUCUGUAAUUCCCGUUCACUUUGGAGACCUUCACAGUGGACUGUUUAUAGGGUGAUUUGGGUAGCCCAUCUUGGAUGUCAGAGCGCCUCAUCCUAAGAACAACUUGCUUGCAAAGCAUGCAGCUCUUUUCUGGCAGCAACUCUCUUCCUGAGCAGGCUUUUUCAGCAACUAAAUAUAAGAUGCGCAUUGUCCAAAAGUGUUGUGGCAAGGCAUGCAAUUCCAUCCCAGAGCAUGGUUUGAGACAAUGAUCUUCGUCAAGGAGAGCAAGAUACCAGUUUAAUGGCACGGGACAUCAUUCUUGGCUUACGGACAGAGCAAUGCUGCGAUACGGUCCUCUUUUCCUCAUUCUCUAAUAGCCAUGCCCUUGCUGCUGAAGAUCUGAGUGGGCAAUGGCCAUAUCGUAAACUAUGUAAUUAAUAUUAAAAAAAUAAUAACAGUUUAAAACAGC